CUCUCCCCCCGUUUUGAUAGAAAGAUGGCUGCCGUUGAAGCACUUCGGAAAUUAACGACUAGAGCUACGCACGAUGAGGAAGAAAUUUUUCAUCAUAAUGUUGACGAACAAGAUGAUGUUAACCAUGAUGAUUUAUUGAAAAAGAUAAAAUCUUUAGACAAGAAGGGAACUUUAAAGAAGCGUAAAGUUCAGCUGAGGACAGAAACAAACAAAAACGUUUCCGAAUUGAACUUGGUAUCCGAAGGUGAUGAGGGUCAUGUUAAUUUGGAUGAUCUUGUUGGUUCGCUACAAUCAUCAACAUACAACAGCAAACUUAAAAAAUCUUUGGAAAGCUUACAGAAAAUGUGCAAGACUGUUGAUGUACCUUUGGCAAAACCAGCUGCAGACCGGAUCCAUCGAGUUAUUGCCUACAAGGAAACCUCAAAAGACAUUGCAAAAUGGGAUUCUACCGUACAAAAGAACAGACGGACCGAACAGUUAUCAUUUCCACUGAACAACUAUAAACCAGAAGACAUGUCAACAAAGAUGCUUCAUACUACUUUCAAGGCUCGCACUCCACUUGAGCAAGAGAUCGCUGAUGUUCUUCAGCAAAAUACAAAUAUGUUAGAACGCAAAAACAAAGAACUUAGUGUUGAAGAAGAGGAGGCGUUAAAAAACAUGAGUUUGGAGGAGGCACUUGAGAGACGACAAGAAUUACAAAAAAUGCGGGCAUUGCAGUCUUAUUACGAACGCAAAUGUCGAAGAAUGAAGAAAAUCAAGAGUAAAAAAUAUCACCGAAUUAAAAAGAAAGCUGAAUUAAAAUCAAAGAGUAAAUGUUCAUUUGAGCAGCUACAAAAAGACAAACCUGACGAAGCAAAAGCAGAACUCGAAAAAGCCGAAAAACUUCGCGUUCAAGAGAGAAUGAGUUUAAAACAUCGCAAUUCUUCAAAAUGGGCGAGAAAUAUAAUCUCAAAAGGCAUCAGUAAUGUUCAGGCCCGGCAAGCAUUAUCGGAACAGCUUCGGCUUAGUCGGCAACUCACGGAUACAAAAACAGAUGAGGCUGUUAGUGACGAAGACGAGACGAAGGAAGUUGAAAGGAAAUCGGAGGAUGACAAAAAUUUUCGAAACUUCGCACUGCUCGGCGAUUGUUCUGAAAAUCCAUGGCUUUUGAAUGAUGGAAAAAAGGAGGAAAUCAUGAGCAAUGAUCCCCAAGGUGAUGGGUGUAGUGAAGAGCGAUUUAGAAAACUAAAGCCUGUUACGGCAGAUGAUACAAACGAGAAAGUUGACGAUUGUGAUGACGAUGUUGAAGAGUCGAACAACUCCGACGAAGAUGAAAAGUUUGAGCUAGUGAAGGAAAAUGAAAAUAAAAAAAGUGGAAACGUUGUCAAGAAAAAAGGAUUGACGAAAACUAAAGAAAAAAAAUUGAAGAGAAAAAAAGUGGAAGAAAAUGAGGAUGGCACAGGGGUUAAAAAGAAAAUAAAGAAAAAUAGAAAGUCCAAAGGGAAUUCCUUGGAUGAAAAUAGUCAUCAGGAAGUUGUUGGUAAAAAGUCGAAGAAGAAUAACAAAUUGAAAAAUGGUUUUAAGAAUACAAAGAGCUCAGACCGCAUGGCAAAGAAAAAGAAGAAAAAGGAUUCUAUCGAACAGAAUGAUAAAGAAGACGUAAAAUUUAAUGAAAUAGAGACAUUGACCGCUGAUGAUGAUGGUGAUGGAACAAUGGUGGAUCGUGACCGACCACUGUUGAUAGAAGGUGAUGAUGAUGUACAUGAAUUAGUAGAACCCAAUAUUCGUGGCAUUAUUUCUAACAACACUGUGACCGACACCAUUCCCGAUGAAGAGAUCAAAUUGAAUCCAAAAAAUGUCUUUCAACUCGAAGAUUUAGGAGAUGAAAAUGAUUUAGUCAACAUCACUAAUGGCCAAAGCGAUGUCGAGGAGCAAAACAAGAGACUCACCAUACAAGAAGCUUUUGCGAAUGAUGAUGUUAUUGAGGAGUUUGUUAAAGAGAAAGACGACGCCAUUGAAGCAAGCAAACCUAAGGAUCUUGAUCUUAGUUUGCCCGGCUGGGGAGACUGGGGUGGACCGGGCAUUGACGAAACUCAAAGAAAAAAGAAAUUUUUACAGCCUGCAAAGCCUGCCCCUGCGCGUAAAGAUAGGAAACUCGCUCAUGUUAUUAUCAAUGAAAACCACGAUAAAAAGAUUGCUAGGAAUCAGGUCAGCCAAUUGCCGUUUCCGUUUACAUCACAUGAUGAAUGGGAACAUAGUGUCCGUGUACCAUUAGGAAAAGACUGGAACGCAACCUCGGUGCAUCAGAAGUUGGUGAAACCGCGUAUUGUGACUUUACCCGGUACCAUAAUAGAACCAAUCAAAUCAACGAAAUGUUUGCAACACAAUGGUGGAGCGAAACACACGGAAAAAGCCGGAAAAGGACGGAAAAGAAAUGCUUGGGAAAUGAAAUCUGGUCUUAAAAUACAUAACUAAUUUAUCCAAGAUAAGUUUUGGCAAAUUGUCUUGUGUGAUUAUUUCAAAACAAAAUGUGUUCUAAAUAUACUUUGACCUCA